CAUGAGAGAGAGAGAGAGAGGGUAGAGGCAAGUACUGUCUCAACAGUAGCACAGAAACAGCAUUUUUCGACAAAUUCUUUCCUAACCUUUUCCUAAUUUCCCUUUGUUAUACGCAUGUUUUCUGUCUCCACUUCCUAACUUUUAUUCUAUUAUCUUUCUUACCACUUUCUCUUCAACUCAAUUCAAUCCUACUUCAACUUCUUUGAAAAAUUCAUGCUGCAAGCUUUAAUUUUGCAAUUCUGGGUCUGUUUUAUAUGAAUUCAGUGUAAUUUUUAACAUAUUUGCUUGUUUUGGGUAAGUAGCUAUUAUUUGGAAUUGGAUCCAUGUUUAAGCUAGAUUUUUUUGUUAUAUGAUGAAAGUUUAUGAUUAAAGUUUGAAUUUUUAUGUAAUUGGUUCAAUUGGGUAUUUUAAUUUGGUGGAUUUGGAUCUGGUUGGUUGUAGAUUUUUAGAGGGGUUUUUGAAUUAUGGAUGCUGAUUUUGAGGGGAAAAAUCAGCAUUUGUAUGAAGCAGUAGUGCCUGAGAUGAAGGGUGCUGUUGGUAGGGGGAGUAAGGAUUGGGAUUUGAAUGAUUGGAGAUGGGAUGGUGAUCUUUUUACUGCUAAGCAACUGAAUUCGGUGCCGACGGAUUGUAGGAAUCGUCAAUUUUUACCCGAAAUACGUGAAAAUGUUGAUGUUUCGAAUAAUUUGAUUUCUGGGGAAGGUAGUAGAGAGUUGGAGAAGAGGAGGAGGGGUUUUGGUGGUGAAGGGUUGGAGAUGAACGAUGAUUUUGGUUCUCUUAAUUUGAAUCUUGGGGGUCAAGUUUACCCUAUAAUGGAUGGGGAGGAAAAGAGUGGUAAAAAGACAAAGAUUGCGCCUGUGCCUACUUCAAAUCGUGCUGUUUGUCAGGUGGAGGAUUGUAGGGCGGAUCUUAGUAACGCAAAGGACUAUCAUCGUCGACACAAAGUUUGUGAUGUGCAUUCUAAGGCUAGUAAGGCACUUGUGGGAAGUGUUAUGCAACGAUUCUGUCAACAGUGUAGCAGGUUUCAUGUUCUUCAAGAGUUUGAUGAAGGGAAGAGAAGUUGUCGUAGGCGUCUUGCAGGCCAUAAUAAGAGGAGGAGGAAGACACAUCCUGAUACUGCUGUAGUUAAUGGAGGUUCUCCGAAUGAAGAAAGGGGCAGUAGCUAUCUGUUGAUGAGUCUACUAAGGAUAUUGUCCAAUAUGCAUUCGAACGGCCCAGAUCAUACGAGAAACUUGGAUGGUCUAUCCCAUCUAAUUGGGAACCUGACAAGUUUAGCUGGUACAUUUAACGGAAGAAAUAUAGCAUCCUUAUUGGAGGGACCUCAAGAAUUAGUAAAAGCCGGUACAUCUGGAGCUGCACAGAAUGUUCCAAACUCAAAUCCGAAUGGCGCUGAACCAUCAAGACCAGAUUCUUCUAUUGAAAUGACAAACGGUCUGAUCCAUCAGGACCCUCCAGAGUCUAGGUUACAGUGCGCGACAGUUCCGGCCAAUCAUUUGACACAAAAAUGUAUACCUUCAAGCAGUGUUGGAGUAGGAUGUUUAAAACCUCCUCUGAUACCGCAGUCCUCAAAUUUAGUUCCUUCAAGGGGUAGCCUUCCACCUCGACCAGUUGCCACAGAGACUACAGUUGGAAGAAACAGGUUAUGUAAUAUUGACCUGAAUAAUGUAUAUGAUGAUGGACAGGACUAUGUUGAGAACCCUGAAAAUUCUAAUCCACCUUUGGCCUUAGGGGUUGAAUCCCGUGAUCAUUCUUCAUUUGUACAAUAUGAAUCUCUCAAGUCAAGUCCACCACAGACGAGUAGAAACUCAGAUUCGACUUCUACUCAAUCACCAUCCAGUUCUAGUGGAGAAGGCCAGAGUCGAACAGAUCGAAUUGUUUUCAAACUCUUUGGCAAGGAUCCUAAUGAUAUCCCCCAUGUUCUUCGAUCACAGGUCCUUAGCUGGUUAUCCAACAGUCCCACCGAGAUAGAGAGCUAUAUAAGACCAGGCUGUAUUAUUUUAACUAUAUGUCUCCGCCUAGAAAAUUCUGCAUGGGAUGAGCUAUGCUAUAAUCUGGGGCCCAGCUUGAGAAAGCUUCUUGCUGCAUCAAAUGAUUCUCUUUGGAGAACAGGAUGGAUAUAUACCAGAGUGCAGCACUCUGUAGCUAUUUUGUAUAAUGGUCAGCUGGUCUUAGAUGUGCCAUCGCGUCUUGGAAGCCCACAGAAUUGUCAGAUUUUGUGCAUUAAACCCCUUGCUGUCUCUGCAAAUGAAGACGUAAAAUUUACUGUGAAAGGGUUAAGCCUUUUCUUGUCUAGUGCAAGGUUGCUCUGUGCACUUGAAGGGAAGUACCUGGUAGAGGACAUGUGUUAUGAUUUGAUUGAUGGAGCUGAUGCAGCCAUUGGACAUCAUGAGCUUCAAACUCUCAGCUUCUCUUGUCAUAUACCAAAUAUGACUGGAAGAGGGUUUAUUGAGGUUGAAGAUAAUAGUCUCAGCAGCUGUUCCUUUCCAUUCAUAGUUGCAGAGCAAGAAAUUUGUUCCGAGAUAUGCAGUCUGGAAACUAUCAUUGAGGCGGCAGAGACUGCUGAUGACAUCCAGAUCAAAGCCAAAUUAAUGGAAGAAAAGACUCGAGCAAUGAAUUUCGUACAAGAAAUGGGUUGGCUCCUUCAUAGAAUUCGUAUAAAAUUCCGGCUAGGGCCAAUGACACCUGUUCAAGAUCGUUUCCAUUUAAAUCGAUAUACAUGGCUUGUCGGCUUCUCUAUGGACCAUGAUUGGUGCGCUGUGAUGAAAAAACUCUUGGACACUAUCUUUGAAGGUGAAGUUGAUACUGGAGAACAUAUCUCUGCAGAGCUAGCUUUGUUAAACAUGGGUCUUCUACACAAAGCUGUAAAGAGAAAUUGUAGGCCUAUGGUGGAACUAUUGUUAAACUUUGUGCCAGUUAAAGCAUCAGAUGGUGGAGAUAGUAAAGAGAUGCAAGUCAAUAAGGUCCCCGACGGAUUCUUGUUUAGACCUGAUACUGUUGGGCCUGCUGGGUUGACUCCCCUUCAUGUCGCAGCAAGUAUGAAUGGCUAUGAGACUGUAUUGGAUGCGUUAACUGAUGAUCCGGGAAUGGUUGGAAUUGAGGCAUGGAAAAGUGCCAAGGACAAUACAGGUUUGACACCCAAUGACUAUGCAUCCCUAAGAGGCCACUACUCCUACAUUCAACUUGUGCAGAGGAAAACAAGCAAGAGCAGCCAAACUCAACAUGUGCUUGACAUCCCAGGCACCCUUGUAGACGGAAACACGAUGAAGCAAUCAGAUGGACAUAAGUCAUCAAAGGUAUUGAGUUUGCAUACAGAGAAGAUUGCAACAACAGCAAUUCCAAAUCAUUGUGGGAUCUGCCAGCAGAAGUUGGCAUAUGGCAGUGUCGGCGGCAUGAGGAGGGCACUUGUUUAUAGGCCGGCGAUGCUGUCAAUGGUCGCCAUUGCAGCUGUAUGUGUCUGUGUAGCUUUGCUCUUCAAAAGUUCACCAAGAGUUUCCUAUGUAUUCCAGCCUUUCAGCUGGGAAUCAUUGGAUUAUGGUUCAAUCUAACGUUUUAUAUAAGAUGUAUCUUGCACUAGGCCUGCAUUUUUUCCUUCUUUUGAAAGAGUGAAAGUCUUGAAUCUUGGUAUAUACUUCAAUUAUUGUUUUUGUAGAUGUCAUCCAGAAUAAUCUUCACUAUGCUAUCUAUCAAAUAUUGUGUAAAUGAGGUUAUUAGGUCAUAUAUAUGCAAUGACAAUGUAGUAAGCCUAGAACACCUUGUACUAUUCAAUAAAUGUAAAAAAGUUAUUACAAGUUGGUAUUCUUUAAGCUACCAUGAUUUAAUUAUGCUAUUAUGAAA